AUGAGCGCGGUGAACAAGUUCAAGGACAACGGAAAUCUGAAGGAAGUGGACAACUACGCAAUAAAGAUAGACUGGCUGAAGGAAGAGCUGCAGAAGUGUCAGAACACUGCAGAGCAGUACCGCGCGAAGGAGGUUAUGCUGGGGUGGGAUCCGAGCGAGUUUGAGAAGCUCACCGAGGCCAUUGAGAAGCUGCACCCCUACGACGACCUCUGGGAGCUGGCUAAACGCUUCACCAACGAGGAGAAGAAGUGGAUGAGAGGACCUCUCUUCCAGCUUGAACCGGAGGCGGUUGAUGCUCUGGCCGGCAGCUUGGCAAAGAGGGCCAUGAAGCUGCAGGGCUUCUUCGAGACGAACAGCCUGCCGAUCCCUGCGGGCGUGGCGAAGAAGCUCAAGAAGGACCUGGAUGCCUUCAAGCAGCAUCUGCCGCUCAUCCACGCCCUUUGCAAUCCAGGUCUCCGCCAGCGGCACUGGGACGAGAUUUCGGAGGUCGUUGGCUUCACCAUGGAGCGCGAUGCCGCUUUCACCCUCAGCAGAGUGGUGGACAUGGACGUGGGUACGCACAUGAAUGCGCUGCAGGAGAUCUCCGACUCCGCAUCCAGAGAGUACGGACUGGAGAAGACCCUGGAGUCCAUCUACGAGCAGUGGCAGCCCGUGAACUUCGAGCUGAAACCGUGGAAGGACACGGAGACGUACAUCGUUGCUGGGACGACUGUCGACGAAAUGCAGAGUCUCAUGGAUGAUCACAUCAUCAAGGUCCAGACCAUGAAAGGCUCGCCCUACGCCAAAGCCUUCAUGGACAAGAUCACUUCGUUGGAAUCCUGGCUCCUCCAGACGCAGGAGAUCAUGGACAUUUGGCAGAAGGUGCAAGGCGUCUGGCUCUACCUCGAACCCAUUUUCUCCUCCGGGGAUAUUGUCAAGCAGAUGCCCACAGAGGCCGGGAUUUUCAAGCAGGUGGACAUGGAUUGGCGCACUACCAUGGCGGCAGCUUUGGAGGCCGGCAAGGCGAUGGAGGCGACAAAGGCACCGGGACUCCUGGAGUUGUUGCAGAGGUGCAAUGCAAACUUGGACACCGUGCAGAAGGGCUUGAACGACUAUCUGGAAACGAAGCGAAAAGCCUUCCCUCGCUUCUUCUUCCUGUCGAAUGACAACCUGCUGGAGAUCUUGUCGGAGACGAAGGACCCCACACGCGUGAAUCCGCACAUGAAGAAGGCUUUCGAGGGCAUCCAAAGCCUCGAGUUUCAGUCUGCAGAUCAGCGAAUCACCGCCAUGAUGUCCUCGGAGAAGGAGUCGGUGCCAUUGGUGGAUGCGGUGGAUCCGCACGCAGCAAGCGGUAACGUGGAGAAGUGGCUCGUCCAGGUCGAGGCGGCGAUGAUCCAGACCAUUCGUCACGUUUGCCUUUCUUCGGAGAAGGACUACAUGGAACGGAAGUUUACCGACUGGCUUCGGCAGUGGCCCGGACAGGCCGUCAUCGCCAUCUUUUCCCUCUUUUGGACCCGUGAGGUGGAAGAAGGACUGCGCGAGCACGGCAACGAUGGAAUACUGCAAGUGGCAGAGAAGCUGAAGGGAACGUUGGGCGACAUCAUUGACUUGGUACGGAAUGACAUUCCUGCACUGACGCGGUGCACGCUCGAAGCCCUGAUUGUGAUUUUCGUCCACAACAAGGAUACCGUUGAGGAGCUCUGCAAGAUGGGAACCAGCAUGGUGGAUGACUUCGACUGGCUGGUCCAGCUGAGAUACUACAUCGAGGAGAAUCCAGAGAAGCCCGAGCAACUGGACCUGUUCGUGCGGAUCACAAACAGCCAUCUCGGCUACGCCUACGAAUACCUGGGCAAUUCGUCUCGGCUCAUUGUGACACCGCUGACGGACAGAUGCUACCGAACAUGUUGUGGCGCCCUUCACCUGCUCUACGGCGCAGCCCCCGAGGGCCCAGCGGGCACUGGAAAGACCGAGACAGUCAAGGACCUGGCGAAGGCCUUGGCGCGGUUCUGCGUGGUGUUCAACUGCUCCGAUGAGCUGGACUACCUCGCGAUGGCAAAGUUCUUCAAAGGCCUGGCGGCAUCUGGCGGGUGGGCAUGCUUUGACGAGUUCAAUCGCAUCGAUGCAGAGGUGCUCAGCGUCAUCGCGCAGCAGAUCCUUUGCAUUCAGAAUGCCAUCCGGGAGAAAAAGACCACGUUCAUCUUCGAGGGCACAGAGCUGCCAAUCAUUUGGACGUGCAACU